CCAUCCACUGUCGGCUUAUGAACCUGAUAGGAAGCCGCUAUCCGAAGAAACGUUGCUGCCUCUUUUUCCCAUCCGCUAGAAAAAGCUCAUCGGCCAAGAUGGCGGAACGGAGUGUUCAACUACUGUUGUUACUCAUGCAGGGUUGCUGUAUUCUAGCUGUAGAACUGAGCACCAACAACCAAAAUCCUGUGGUGCAGGAACAUCAGAGUGUUGAGUUGUCCUGUAUAAUUACCAGCACUAAAACAAAUGAUCCCAGAAUUGAAUGGAAAAAAAUCAAGAAUGAUGAUGCAGAUUAUGUAUACUUUGAGAAACGCAUCCAAGGUGAACUAGAAGGCCGAGCUCGCAUACAGUCAAAAAGCUCUCUCUUUAUUCAAAAUACCAGCCGAACAGAUAACGGGAAGUACCGAUGUGAAGUGGCUGCUCUUGAGGAUGACAAAAAGAUAUCAGAGAUUUAUAUCUCCUUGACUGUACAAGUGAAACCAAUGAGUCCACAAUGUAGGGUUCCAAAAGCAGUCCCAGUGGGCAAAUCUACAGUCCUUCACUGCCAAGAGAAUGAGGGCUACCCAAGGUCCCUGUAUCGCUGGUACCGCAACAGUGAAGCUCUACCUGAUGACUCAAAAUCCAGUUUAAAGUUUCAGAACUCAUCCUUUACACUUGAUCCUAAAACAGGUAUUCUGACAUUUACUGCAGUGAACAAAGGUGACAUGGGACGUUAUUACUGCAUUGCAAGUAACGAUGCUGGGUCGGCCAAAUGUGAGGAGCAAGAGCUGGAAGUCUAUGACUUGAAUAUUGGAGGCAUCAUAGGAGGUAUUCUUGUUGUACUUCUUGUACUGGCACUGAUAACAGGAGGUAUAUGUUGCGCAUACCGUAAAGGUUACUGUACAAGCAGCAGCACAUCCAGUGGGCAGAGCUACAAAAACCCAGCAAAACCAGAAGGUGUCAAUUACAUGAGGACAAAUGAUGAGGGCGAUUUCAGACACAAAUCUUCUUUUGUCAUAUGAAAUGCUGUGAUGCAAGGAAGGAGUUUUUCCCCGCCACUCCUCUCUUAACAUCUGCACUGCAAAGGUAGAAGGACAGAACAAGAGGAUAUGAACUCAAAAUAUUGCCAAAGUAUAUAACCAGUCCAUCCUCAGAACAGCUCUUCCCUUGUGGCUUACAGAGACUUGGGGAUAUUCGGCUCUGGUUUCUGGAGAAACAUUAUAGACGGUUGAACAAAUGAGCCAAUGCCUUCAUGGUUAAGUACUGGCCUUUUCAUUUUCCAUCAACUGUAUUAAUAAGAAGAUCACUGCCAAUUAUGGUUGCCACCUGGCCGGUAAAAAUUAUGGUUGAUCCCAAUGUUAUUGAUAGGGAAAAAAGAUAAAUAUAUAGGAAGGCCGGUAUUUUUUUUCCAAAAAAAGGUGGCAACCCUACUGCCAAUACUGAAAUGCCGUUGAACAUUCAGACAGCAGAUACUGUAAUAGGAACUUGAGCAUUUUUUGCCUUGGUUACAUGGCACAGAGGCUUCUGAAACUGGCGUUUCUUCAAACAUCCAUUCCUUAAAACUGACACCAAAGCACAUAUAGCUCAGCUCUGCCAUUCAGCAUCUAGCCUACAAACACUUAACCCCCCAGUGUUAUACUUAAGGAUUUGAACGUGUGUUUUGCUGCAUUUGGAAUUUUCCUUUCCAAGGCAUUUUGUUUUUAAAUAGCUUUUUGUGUGGAUCUGGUCCGACAUUAAUCAUAUUAUUUUUGUUGCUAUUGCUUCGGAGGGUGACCAAUUUUGAUUAUGCAGAAAAUACCCAAUCUGGAUUUAUUCUUCUGCACAAAGGAACAACAACAACAAAGGACUUUGAGAUCACGAUAUAAUGGAGAAGUGAGCAUCUUUUAUAUUUACCCAGCAGUUAAAGGCCAUGGAAUGUCCCAUCUGGCAAUCUUUAAUGUUUUGGUUACUACACAUUGAAGGCUUUGUAUAUUGUGGUAAAAGGCUGGUCCUGUUUAUUGUGUACUCUAAUAAGUAGUAUAAGGACAAGAAUGCAAUUUUCAGGAUAUAAUCAGGUUUUGAUAAAGUUUUUUUUUUCCCUAUACACAUUUUUGGAAUAAGUAUAAAUAUAGAACAAACCAGUAGUACCUCUAGGCCAUUGAAGUGCUAUAUUUGUAAUGAGUUAAAUUAUUUAAUGCUGUAUUUGGACACUGUCGGCUGCAUACAAUGGUAAAUUGUAUAUGUUUUUAUCUCAUUCUACAAGUACUAACUUGGAUGCUUCAAUAGGAAUGCAUUACUCUUAACUGCUUCUCAGCACAUCAGAAUGAAUGAGAGAAACUAUGCCUAUAGGCCUGUGCUGCUGGUAUAGUCUGCCAAUAAACUCGGUCCGUUUCUUCAUUUUAAAAUAACAUUUAUAGCCAGGUAGAAAGCAGCACUCAAAUGAGGCAGUUUAUAUUAUAGUUAUCUAUAGAAUACAAAUGAAAUGCCAACUAGAAUUUCACCACGUACAGUCUAUGAUGAGUGCUAAGACUACAGACACACAGUAAGAUUUGUUGCACACGGUAGUGUUGAUUUUUUUUUUUUUUUUUUAAAGGAAUGACCAUAUAAUAUACUGUUGAGCUGUACUGGUAAAACUAGUGUAUUUGCAUCAGAAACACAACUAUAGUUUAUAUAAAAAAAAAUUGCUGUGUAGCCAUGGGGGCAGCCAUUCAAGCACAGGAUAUAUAGUAGAUAACACAAGUUGUAGAAUCCCAUGCUACAGAACCUAUGUUAUCUGAUGUGUAUCCUGUGCCUUUUCUCCUUUUCAGCUUUGAAAAUGGCUAUACACAGGUGCGCUCCGCCAAUGAGGCGAGCUGAGGCGCUCGCCUCAGGCGGCAGCGCCAGAUAAGUUUCCAGGGGC